CCAUCCCACUGGACCCAGUAAUGAUGGCGUCUGGUUUUCAACAAACACGGACUCUCUCGGAGGCCGCCGCGUCGUUAGUGGCCUCCUCGAUCGCCUAUUAAAGCCUCAAUCUAGGGUUUGGGCCUCCGCGUAAUCCUGUUCCUAUCUCUAUCCAAAAUCUCUACGGUGUUUUCUUUUUUCUUUUUCCCGUUUCCAUGGCGGCGGCGGCGGCGGCGGGGAAGAGGAAGCCGGUGUUCGUCAAGGUAGACCAGCUGAAGCCCGGGACGGCCGGCCACACGCUCGUCGCCAAGGUGCUCAGCUCCAAGACAGUCGUCCAGAAGGGCCGCGCCGGCGCGGCCCCGGGCCCGGUGGCGCGUCCCACGAGGAUCGCGGAGUGCCUCAUCGGCGACGAGACCGGCUGCAUCCUGUUCACCGCCCGCAACGAGCAGGUUGACCUGAUGAAGCCUGACAGCACUGUUAUUAUCCGCAAUGCGAAAAUUGAUAUGUUCAAAGGAUCAAUGAGGCUUGCUGUGGACAAAUGGGGCCGCAUUGAAGUCACUGAACCGGCAAGCUUUAAUGUAAAGGAGGACAACAAUCUCUCACUUGUGGAGUAUGAACUUGUCAAUGUUGAAGAGUGAGCUCAUGUUGAUUUCGAUGUUAUUCAAAAGUUGUGUUCCAAGCCUAUUGGUCAAAUUCUACUCUUGAGUUGUCAAGAAAGUGAAAGAUGAAGUAGCAUCUGAGGUUAUAUUGUAGUGGUUGGCCUGAAGCCCUGAACUGCUUCAUGUCCUUUAUCGAGCAUUUCCGUGUACUGAUGUGUAUUAGGUGCUGCAGCGGUUGUGGUUGUAAGAACAAAUGUGAUGUGCUGAUGAUUAGUCAAUUCGCUGCUGCAUUUUGAGCCUCCAAAAGAACAUGCAUUUCUAGAUUGUCUCC